CGAUCAUCCAAAGGCUUCAAGUUAUGGCUUUUAAGUUAGAAAAUAAUUAUCAGAAUCUGUAUGGGGUUUGCCUCGGAACAAAAAACACGCGCGCGCGCGCACACUAAAGAAGGGCAGGACACCUUUAAGCCUGUGAGAUCUAGGGCGACUCUGUUCCAGUAUUCCGCCAUUCCUACCAUUCACUCUCGGCGAGCUCGCCCUUCCUCACACCGCCAAGAAACCCACGAUUUCACGGACUUGAGUCUCCAACUUGUCUCUAUCUCCCUCCCUCUCGAGCUAAUUUUAGGGUUUAUCUUGAAUCGCUUUCUUCUCGGGUCUGCGAUGUUGGGGUCGAGGGGAGUUGUGGGUGAUAAAUGGUCUCAGAGGAUUCUUUGGUUCUGUGCGAUUGGAAGCGCCAUAAGCCUCUACAUGGUGGCUGUUGAAAGGCAGGCGCAGAAUAGGGAGCGGAUGAUGGCCGAGGGCUUGAAGGGUAUCGAUGGUGCGUCCGGCCAAUCUGGGGAGGAUGUUUGAACCGGACAGGUGAAUGCUCGAGAUGUUUCUUUCUCGCUGUCUGGGAGAAAUUAUUGAUUUCCCAAUAACAACAAAAAUAAAGGGAACAUCAGUAGCUUCGACCAAAAAAAUUGUCUCAUGACGUCUUGGUGACCCUUGCGUCGAGGUUGUGUGGUUAGCAUUGUCUAACAAUGCUGGAAAAAAAUUAACAACUUCUUUGAUAUUCCCAGUAUUUGGUUGUAAUUUUGUUUUCUUAAAUAUUAGAUGGUUUCUUGAUGGCAUUGGUUUGUAAGACUUUGUAUGCCAGAUUAUAGGUUUUUUUGUUGUUGAUCUACCUAGAAAAGGAUUACUGGG